UCUGUAGUAACCACCCCAGCUGCCCUCCUCCACCCCGCGCUCACUCUCUUUCUUCCUUUCUUUCUUUCUCUCGUUCAGUCGUUCACUCGUGCCUGGUGAUGUUGGUGUCACCAUCCAUCUCUUUCUCUCUCUCUAUCUUCUGGAUAUGCUUCCUUGAGCAGCCAAUGACAAAGCCUGGAGGAAAGGAGACGGAGUAGCUGAUAUUCAUUCCUGGACUGGAAAUUCUAUUCUUAUUUUGGAAUCUUGGAAUUCUCCUUCCGUAUUCUGGACGGUUAUUCUUGGUGUGUGAGUGUGUGUGUGUGUGUGUGUGGUUGCUGUGGGGACGUGGCUGAUGCUUGAUAAUGGCUCAUGCGGCGUCUCAGAUUAAGAAGAAUAAAGAUGUGGAUAUUAAUGCGCUGGAGGAUGAAAAGGAAAGGAAGAGAAAGACGAGGAAACACUCACGGGAUCAGAAGAAAAAGUCGGACAGCAAUGCCAGUUACCUGCGGGCAGCGAGAGCAGGGAACCUUGAGAAGGUCCUCGAUUACCUGAAGACUGGUGUCGAUAUCAACAUCUGUAAUCAGAAUGGGUUGAAUGCAUUGCAUCUGGCUUCCAAAGAGGGGCAUGUGGAGGUGGUGGCGGAGCUGCUUAAACUGGGUGCCAAUGUAGAUGCAGCAACCAAGAAAGGAAACACAGCGCUGCACAUCGCCUCUCUGGCGGGGCAGACGGAAGUGGUGAGAGAGCUAGUGACCAAUGGAGCAAACGUCAACGCACAGAGCCAGAAUGGCUUCACCCCAUUAUACAUGGCCGCACAGGAAAACCAUUUGGAUGUGGUGCGCUUCCUGCUAGAGAACAACUCAAGCCAGAGCAUUGCCACAGAGGAUGGCUUUACACCGUUAGCAGUAGCACUACAGCAGGGUCACGAUCAGGUGGUUUCUCUGUUGUUAGAGAACGACACGAAAGGUAAAGUCCGUCUGCCUGCGCUUCACAUCGCCGCCCGUAAAGAUGACACCAAAUCUGCAGCUCUGCUUCUUCAGAAUGACCACAACGCAGAUGUCGAGUCCAAGAUGAUGGUCAAUAGAACAACAGAGAGUGGUUUCACUCCUCUCCACAUCGCUGCACACUAUGGAAACAUCAACGUAGCGACGCUUCUGUUAAACAGAGGAGCAGCGGUGGACUUCAUGGCAAGGAAUGACAUCACUCCACUGCAUGUGGCUUCUAAGAGAGGCAAUGGAAACAUGGUGAAGUUGCUGCUGGACCGAGGAUCUAAAAUUGAAGCCAAGACUAAGGACGGUUUAACCCCUCUGCAUUGCGGAGCCCGCAGUGGACAUGAGCAGGUUGUUGAGAUGCUGCUGGACAGGGGAGCUCCCAUCUUGUCUAAGACAAAAAACGGUCUGUCUCCUCUGCACAUGGCGACUCAAGGCGAUCAUCUGAACUGCGUCCAGCUGCUUCUUCAACACAAUGCUCCAGUGGAUGAUGUCACCAAUGACUAUCUGACCGCUCUGCAUGUGGCUGCUCACUGCGGACAUUACAAAGUGGCCAAAGUCAUCGUAGACAAAAAGGCCAACCCGAAUGCUAAAGCCCUGAACGGUUUCACACCUCUUCAUAUUGCCUGUAAGAAGAACCGGGUGAAGGUGAUGGAGCUGUUGCUGAAACACGGAGCAUCUCUGCAGGCAGUCACUGAGUCAGGGUUGACACCCAUCCAUGUUGCUGCGUUCAUGGGGCAUGAAAACAUAGUGAAGCAGCUCACGCAUCACGGAGCCUCACCCAACACCACCAAUGUGCGAGGGGAAACAGCUUUGCACAUGGCAGCAAGAGCCGGCCAGAUUGAUGUUGUCAGAUACCUGCUACAGAAUGGUGCUAAAGUGGACAUCAAAGCCAAGGAUGACCAAACAGCUCUGCAUAUAGCCAGUCGUCUGGGGAAGCUUGAGAUCGUACAGCAGUUGCUUCAGAAAGGGGCUUUACCUAAUGCUGCCACCACCUCUGGCUACACCCCUCUGCACCUCUCUGCCCGUGAGGGUCAUCAGGAGAUAGCAGCUCUUCUGCUGGAGCAGGGGUCUUCUCUCUCUGCAGCCACUAAGAAAGGGUUCACUCCUCUGCAUGUGGCUGCAAAGUACGGGCAGCUGGAAGUGGCCAAUCUUCUACUGCAGAAGAAAGCUGCACCAGAUGCUGCAGGCAAGAGUGGGUUAACACCGCUGCAUGUGGCUGCUCACUAUGAUAAUCAGAGAGUGGCUCUGUUACUGCUGGACCAGGGAGCAUCUCCUCAUUCUGCUGCCAAGAAUGGCUAUACACCUCUCCACAUUGCAGCGAAGAAGAAUCAGUUGGAGAUUGGGACGACGUUGCUGGAAUAUGGAGCCGAGUGCAACACAGUGACCCGCCAGGGCAUCAGUCCACUCCACCUCGCCGCACAGGAGGGCAGUGUGGACCUUGUGUCUCUGCUGCUCACCAAACAAGCUAAUGUGAACAUGGGCAAUAAGAACGGUCUCACGCCGCUGCACCUCGCUGCACAGGAUGACAAAGCAGGUGUUACUGAAGUGCUGUUGAACCAUGGAGCAGAAAUUGACGCUCAAACCAAGAGCGGCUACACUCCGCUGCAUGUGGCGUGUCAUUAUGGCAAUAUGAAGAUGGCCAACUUCCUGUUAGAGAAUCAAGCCAAGCCUAAUGCCAAAACAAAGAACGGUUACACUCCUCUUCACCAAGCAGCACAACAAGGCCACACCCACAUCAUUAAUAUGCUGCUACAGUAUGGAGCUUCGGCCAAUGAGCUCACAUUGAAUGGGAACACCGCUCUCUCCAUCGCUCGACGACUAGGAUACAUCUCCGUAGUGGACACAUUGAGAGGAGUUACAGAUGAAAACCUCACUGCCACGCCAAUAACUGAGAAACACAAGAUCAAUGUUCCAGAGACAAUGAAUGAGUUCCUCGACAUGUCCGAUGACGAAGCUGUGAAAGAUCAUGAAGCUCAGACUGUUGGGGAAGAAGGUGAAGAUGCGAUGACCGGAGAGACUGAGAAAUACCUUCGGCCACAGGACCUCAGGGAGUUGGGGGAUGAUUCCCUGCCACAGGAGGGGUACAUGGGUUUCAGUAUUGGAGCCCGCUCUGCCAGCCCCAGGAUAAGCUCAGACAGGUCCAACACUCUGAACAGAAGCUCCUUCGCUCGGGACAGCAUGAUGAUUGAAGAGAUUCUGGCACCCACCAAAGACACGCAUCUUGCAGUGACCCGUGAAUACAACAAUGAGUGUAUGCGGAGGUACAGCUGGACACCUGACACCGUGGACCACUCACACAACACUGUGUGCAGUCCUGUGCACUCUGGCCCUUCCUCCCCGCUUCCUCAGUAUGACUCCAGGUUCCUAGUGAGUUUUAUGGUGGAUGCUCGGGGCGGGUCGAUGAGAGGAAGUCGUCACGAUGGUAUGCGUAUAAUCGUUCCACCCAGAAAGUGUCCUGCACCGACACGGAUCACCUGUCGUCUAGCAAAGCGCCACCGCCUUGCAUACCCACCGCCUAUGGUGGAGGGAGAGGGUCUUGUGAGCAGACUGGUGGAAAUGGGGCCAGCUGGGGCACAGUUUUUGGGACCUGUGAUAGUAGAAAUUCCCCAUUUUGGCUCCAUGCGAGGAAAGGAGAGAGAGCUGAUCGUCUUACGCAGUGAUAAUGGAGAGACGUGGAAAGAACAUCAUUAUGACUGCAAAGUGACAGAGCUCACCUCAAUCCUCAAUGGCAUGGACGAAGAGAUGGACAGUCCAGCAGAACUGGAGAAGAAGCGGAUCUGCCGCAUCAUCACAAAAGAUUUCCCACAGUACUUUGCAGUGGUGUCACGUAUUAAGCAAGAAAGUGAUCACAUGGGCCCAGAGGGCGGAGUCUUGACCAGUGAAGCAGUUCCCAUGGUGAAGGCUGCCUUCCCACAGGGAGCGCUUACCAAGAAGAUUCGCGUAGGACUACAGGCACAGCCAGUGCCAGAGGACACGGUGAGGACCAUCAUUGGUAACCGUGCCUCCUUCAGCCCGAUUGUUACUGUGGAGCCCAGGAGAAGGAAAUUCCACAAGCCCAUUACCAUGACAAUCCCUGUGCCGCCCAGAUCCAAAGAGGCUGUUGCUAAUGGACGCAAAGGAGAGCCUGCACCCUGCCUUAGACUGCUGUGUAGCAUCACAGGUGGAACAUCCCCUGCACAGUGGGAAGACAUUACUGGGACCACUCCGCUCUCCUUUGUCACAGACUGUGUAUCCUUCACCACAAAUGUUUCUGCCAGGUUUUGGUUGGCAGACUGUCAGCAGAUCAGCGAGACAGUGGGUUUAGCCUCUCAACUGUACCGAGAGCUAAUCUGUGUUCCGUACUUGGCUAAGUUUGUGGUGUUUGCUAAAAUGAUCGACCACAUCGAGUUCAGCAUGCGUUGCUUUUGCAUGACUGAUGACAAAGUCGACAAAACACUGGAGCAGCAGGAGAACUUCGAGGAGGUGGCACGAAGCAAAGACAUUGAGAUUUUGGAGGGAAAGCCUAUCCAUGGAGAAUGCUACGGUAACAUCUAUCCUCUAGCAAAGAGUGGCCAGCAACUCAUCUUCAACUUCUAUGCCUUCAAAGAGAACCGACUCCCAUUCAACAUCAAGGUCAGAGAUAUAGGCCAAGAGCCAUGUGGGAGAAUAUCUUUCCUUAGAGAGCCUAAAACCGCAAAAGGCCUGCCACAGAGUGCAAUCUGCAACCUUAACUUCACACUGCCAACACACAGAAAGGAAAUGGAGUCGGAUCCUGAUGAUGAGAAUGACAAAGAUCGACGACAUACCUUUGCCUCAUUAGCAUUGCGAAAGCGCUACAGCUAUCUGGCCGAUCCAGCAUCCAAAACAGCAGAAAGAGGCCAUAACACCCCUCAAAAAACCACGACGCAGCCUUCUGGCUACGCUUACAAGCCUGUCUUUACGACGCGCUCCUACCAGGCCUGGGCAACAAGCUCUCCAGUCAACGUCCCAAUCCAGACAAAGUCUGGCUUUGGCUCCCUCUCCAGCUCCUCCUCCAACACCCCCUCAGCCUCCCCACUGAGGUCGGUGUGGUCUGUAAACUCUGCCUCUCCCAUCAAAUCUAUCAUUGGAGGUUCGCCAGCGUCUUCCAUCAAAUCUGCCAGUGACGUUGCAUCCCCAAUUCGAUCCUACAGAACAAUCUCCUCACCAAUAAAGACUGUAGUUCAAGGUGCUCAGUAUCCAGUUCAGGCCUCCCCCACCCUUUUGUCCUCUCCAGGGAAGAGUGCUCCUGACCCAGUUUCACAUAAAGGUCUCACAAGCCUGUCAGCCAGGACCUCUCCUGUGCCAUCUGUUGGGACCUUGCUGGAAAGAUCCUCUAUAGCUAUGACACCUCCAGCCUCACCCAAGUCUUCACUAAACAUAUACAGCUCAAGUUUACCAUAUAAGUCUGUUGUAACCUCAAACUCUCCAGCUACCUGCUCCCCGAUUAAAACUGUCCCAGGCUUCUCCUCUGUCAGAACCAGCACUGAUGCCUCAGUCAGAGGAUACCUGUCAUCCCUCUCCUCACCUCUGAAAUCUGGCUCAGCCAAUACAGCAGCUGCACUUAUAAAUGGGACAGUUUCCCCAAACAAAUAUCGCUCCUCCUCCCCAACAACCCAUCUUACCAGCACCUUGCAGGAAAGAAUUCAAGCCACAACAAAUGCAGCAACAACAAGUGUGAAUGCUGCCUUUGAAGAAGUGGAAAAAACAUUUAAUUCCUGCUCUGCUGGCUAUGGCACACUGAAGUCAGUUUCCUCUACUCCCUCAUCCUCUUACCAAUCCAUUCGUUCCUCUGCCUCCAGCUCACUCUAUGCCUCCCUCAGAUCCCCUCCCAACUCCACAACGUCUGUAACUUCCAGCACUAUUACAGUUCCUGUCUAUUCAGUUAUAAAUGUCUUACCAGAACACCAGUUUAAAAAGCUUCCAGAAGUCUCCAAAUCGUCAGCUGCUCUUCUGUCUCCUAGAAAGGUCAUGCCCCAAGAGGUAAAUGCCCAGAAUCAGUCCUCUUUUGCCAGAACUCUGUCUCCUGUCAAGACUCCCCUGCACAUGUCCCCAGGAACACUAAAAUCUGCUACCUCUUCAUCCCCUCUGUCCAACAGUCAGGAGAUACUAAAAGAUGUGGCUGAAAUGAAGGAGGACCUUAUUAGAAUGUCUGCAAUUUUGCAAACUGAUACAAAUUCAAGCUCUAAAGGUUACCAUUCUGACUCUAAGGAACAUAAAGUGGAGGAUGAGGAACCUUUCAAGAUUGUAGAGAAAGUAAAACAGGACCUGGUCAAAGUCAGUGAAAUACUUAGCAAGGAUGUUUUAAGAGAGAGUAAGGCAAAUAUUAAAAACCACAAAACGGAUGUCCUAGAGGAUGACAUUGAUGAUAAUCCACAAAAUGAAUGGAGAUGCCCCCCUCGAUAUGAAACAGUAGCUCCUCAAGUCAAAACAAAAGCAGUAUCUGACAGAGAUUUUAACCUUGCAAAAGUUGUUGAUUAUCUUACCAAUGACAUUGGCACAAGUUCUCUUUCUAAAAUAGCAGAGGCUAAACAAAGAACUGAGGAGGCCAGGAGAGAUGGAGAGGAAAAACAGAAACGUGUCCUAAAACCUGCAAUGGCAUUACAGGAGCACAAACUCAAAAUGCCUCCAACAAAUAUGCGUCCCUCACCUUCAGAAAAAGAACUUUCAAAGCUAGCUGAUGCAUUAUUUGGCCCUGAAAUAGCACUGGACUCUCCUGAUGAUGUUUCCCAUGACCAAGACAAGAGUCCGCUUUCAGAUAGUGGAUUUGAGACCCGCAGUGAGAGGACACCCUCAGCUCCCCAAAGUGCAGAGGGGAUGGGGCCCAAAGGCCUCUUUCAGGAGAUUCCCCCUGUCAUCACUGAAACACGCACUGAGGUUGUACAUGUCAUACGGAGCUAUGAACCUCCAGAAGAUUCAAAGGAGCAAGCACUGGAGGAUGCUAGAAUGACAAAGCCUCUCCUGCGGUGUGCAGACAGUGAGCCCAGAUCACCUGGUGGAUCCAUCAAAGAAAGAGUUAAAGCUUACCAAGCCAGAGUCAAUGCAGAGGAGGAUGUAAUGGGCAAAGGCAUGCGGGUCAAAGAGGAAACUCACAUUACAACAACUACAAGAAUGGUAUACCACAAACCUCCAACUAAAGAGGCUGCAUCUGAGAGAAUGGAGGAGACCAUGUCUGUACGAGAUAUAAUGAAGGCCUUCCAGUCUGGGAAGGACCCAUCCAGAGAGUUAACAGGGUUGUUUGAGCACAAAAGCAACAGCGAAGGAGCAGAUCCAUCUGCUAGGCCUUUAGACCCAAUGCCCAAAGUUGAGCGCAUUAUUGAGGUUCACAUUGAGAAAGGCAACAAAGCUGAACCAACUGAAGUGAUUAUCAGAGAAACAAAAAAUCACCCUGAGAAGGAAAUGUAUAUAUAUCAGGGCAAAAGUAGCAUGAAAGAACUACAAAAUGGGAUGGGUGUUGAGCAACGUAAUAGCAUAGAGCCUGAAGAAUCUCUUCCUUGCUAUCUAGAUUCUAGAAUGCACAUGCCUGUCUCUGUGGAGGACGAUAAGUCCUUAAAAUCACUUGGCCACCAGUCAUUGGAGUACCAAGAUGAUGAGCCCUCUGACACAAGGGGAGACUCAUACAAGUUUGCAGAUAAAAUGCUCCUGUCAGAAAAAUUUGACUCUUCUCAUUCAGACUCCGAUGAAUCUGUCAUUGACAGAUCUCGAUACUAUGGUGAGGGAACACAAGGUGGAUCAAUUCGAGAAUUCAUGCUGAAGCCUGAUAGGUCACGUAGAUCAUCAGAAGAUGAUUAUGAUAAACUCACUUUGUUGCAGUAUGCUUCUGAUCCUGAUAGUCCAAAAAAGUCAAUUUGGAUGAGAGUUUCUGAGGAUGGGCAGAAAAAAGGCAGAGAAAAGCAGAAAUAUGAGGACAGAGUAGACAGAACUGUCAAAGAGGCAGAGGAAAAACUUACUGAAGUCUCACAGUUCUUUCGUGAUAAAACUGAAAAACUGAAUGACGAGCUUCAGUCCCCUGAGAAGAAACAUCGUAGACAAGAUGCAAGGGAGACUCGUUCUGGGCCCAGCUCAACUUGCAGUAGCCCAGAGAGGUCAGGGCACAGAAAUGGGGGGACUGGAGAAGACUGGAGUAGAGACCGGUUUAGGGAUAAGUAUGGUUCUCAUGACAGAAAAUGUGCUAGUUUGCCUAGUAGUCCUGAAAGACGAGUCUUGCUUCAUUACAGUGACGACCCAAAAAAGGGCGACUGUUCAUCUGCUAGCAGUGCCAGUGAGUCAUCUAAAUAUUUCCAACCCUCAACAUCUAAGGUUAGCUCAGUAAGAAUGAAGUUUGAGUCUGAGGCCCAGAAACCAGAUAAAGGGCCACAGUGGGGACAAACUUCUGGAUCUCCAGUGAGGAAGUUACAGGAAAGUAAGCUGCCUGUUUAUCAAGUGUUUGCAGGGAGUAAUCUCCCAAAAUCAGCAGAGUCUUCAGAUAAUGAAAGAAGUCCCAAAAAAGAUAAUGAAGGUGGGCACAGUUACAAUGUUAGAAAGGCUCAAGCAUUUGCCAAUAAUCAGCAAAGUGACAGACAGGGAAAUAGGUCAGAUAACUCUUCACUAAAAUAUCACCAAAAUGUUUACAGCAAGGAGCAAAUUUCUAACGAAGACAGGAAAAUAUACAAAACUUGGGAAAAUCAUGGUAAUGGGCAACUGAAAGGUCAAAAGACAAAGCUUACACACACCCUAGUGCAUGAUAGACAAAAGGAUAACGCACAGAAUGAGUCUCAUUUAUUGAGAGAAGGCAAUACCACAAAAGAAGAAACAACUAAAAAGAUCAUUUACACAGAGCUGGUAAUCCGAGAAGACCCAAGCAGUCCUGAAAAAUGCAAUGGUUCUCUAAAAAAAAACUCGGAAUCACAAAUUCCUGUUAGGGUGUCAUCUAGUUUUAUAGAUCAUCAUCAAAGUAGUACAUUAAAGUUAGAUUCCUCCAUUAAAUCUGAGAGAACAGGGUCUCACAAAGCAAGAAAUACACAGCACCCCAGUUCAGGUGGUACCAAAUCACAUAGUGAUGUGUCAUCAGUAGUGAACUCAGAUUCUACUCGGCAGAUUGUUAAUAUAGUCUGUAAUGGAGUGGACGAAAACCAAGUUGAGUACAUUGAAAAAGUGACCCCAGGUGCAGACAUAAAACCUCUUCCUGUGUAUGUCAGCAUUCAAGUAGGUAAACAGUACGAGAAAGAAACCGCUACUGGGCAGCUGAGCACUUACAAAAAAGUAGUAAGCCACGAGAGCAGGACAGUACAUGAAACACGUGGAGCCUUUUAUUCUGUAAAACAGAAGCAGCCACAAUCACCUCAGGGAAGCCCUGAAGAUGACACGUUAGAGCAGGUAACAUUUAUGGACAGCUCAGGGAGAAGUCCUCUAACUCCUGAGACACCUACCUCUGAUGAGGUCAGCUAUGACCUGAACUCCAGGGCUCCUGAGCCUGUCAUUGGUUCUAUGGCUGGCAUGCCUAGCCCAAUACCAGAGGAAUCUGAGGAAGAGGAGCAGCCCAAGACAUUCAUUUUCAAGGAAAUACCAGCAGAAAAUGUCAAAACUUCCAAUCAAUCAUCAGAAUCAUCAAAAAGAAAGCAAGACUCGACUGGAAAAAGGUCAAAAGACAAGCGUAUAGCUUACAUCGAGUUCCCACCACCACCACCAUUAGAGACUGAGCAUACUGAACCUGAAAAGAGGGGGUCGUGCCCUUCCUCAGAAGCAGAAACAGAGAUGAUAGAGGUAAACCUUCAAGAGGAACAUGACAGGCAUCUCCUUGCAGAACCAGUAAUCAGAGUGCAGCCUCCUUCCCCUCUUCCACCUGGAGCGGAUAACAGUGAUUCCAGUGAUGAUGAAUCUGUUUUUCAGCCUGCCCCACUUAAAAAGUACACCUUCAAAAUGGCUGAGGAGUGUGAGAAACGUAUUAAACCUAGGAAACCAGAGAGAAACGGCUCACAACACAAGGAGUCGGGUAUUAAUGGCAUUGUGAAAGGUGAUGAUGUAGAAUGUGAACAAAAUGGAAAUGAUCAAUCUAUCACUGAUUGCUCAAUAGCAACAACUGCUGAAUUUUCACAUGAUACAGAUGCCACUGAGAUAGAUUCUCUUGAUGGAUAUGAUCUACAAGAUGAGGACGAUGGACUGAGUGACCCUAAAACAUCUAGCCUGUCGAAUGAGGGAAAAACAGGAGAUCGUUCCUUUAACCAGAGCAAACUUGAAGUGAUUGAAGAGGAGAGCACACCAAAUGAGGAAACAGGAGAGAAGGCAAAAGCAAAGAGGUCAUCUGGUAAAAAGUCAGACAAUGGCAAAGAGGAUAAAAUCUAUUCUUUGGAGGGAAGACACCCUGAUAGACAAGGUACGGCAGAAAACUAUUUCAAGUAUCAACUAGAGGAGGACAUAAACACUACUUUUAAAACUGUGGCUACUAAAGGUUUGGAUUUCGAUCCAUGGUCUGGUAAAGAGGGAGAGGAAGGAGCUUUUGAUGCUAAAAAUAAAGAUGAAGAUCCGAAGCCCUGUGCUUUAUCAGUGGAAGACAAAUCACAAGCUACCACACCGGAUACCACUCCAGCAAGAACCCCGACAGAUGAGAGCACCCCAACUAGUGAGCCCAACCCUUUCCCCUUCCACGAGGGCAAGAUGUUUGAGAUGACCCGCAGUGGUGCUAUUGACAUGAGCAAGAGGGACUUUGUUGAAGAGAGACUUCAGUUUUUCCAGAUUGGUGAGCAUACAUCAGAUGGGCAGUCAGGGGACAAGGGGAAAGGGGGCAGGAAUUCGGGGGUAGUCACCUCUCACUCAAAGGCAGGGGAAAGAACUGUAGAGGGGAAGGUAGAGGCAACUACAGAUUUAACACCAUCGAGAGGCAGCACAGUGCAGGGCAGUGCUGACUGCCUGGAAGCACCUCCAUCCGCUGACACCACCUCAUGCACUGUCACAGCCUCCAAGGUUGAUCCCAAAUUACGCACCCCCAUUAAGAUGGGCAUCGCAGCUUCCAUUACUAUAAAGAAAGACCCUGGCUCAGCUGAACUGACUGAUGUAAAAGCUGAGUCCUCAGACAGUCAGAUGCUGGAAUACAUUAGUUUGGAGUCUCAGUUAGCCGAAAGUCACUUUGAUAGCAGAUGCACUACCUCUCCCACAAUGGGCAGAAAAGAUUACCCCUCUGAAAACUACAAUAACAACAAUAAUUUAGAGUCAUCCAAUGUGCAGGCCAACUACAUCCAGUGUGGAAGUGUAGUGUUCAAUUUGCAGUCAUCUUCUGAACCCACCUUACAGAAAGCUAGUAGAAUAGAAGCUCAGUUCUGUAAGGAGUCUGUGGAGAAAGCUUCUCAAAGUCAUCAGAAUAAAGUAGCCUUUGAGAACAGGCAGCCAAAGUCUAGGCUCCCAGUCAAGGCAGCUGGAUUCAGUUUUAACACACACAGUUCAGGAAAGCAAAAACCUAAGCAGGUUGUGAGGCCAGAGGCAAGGAAAGUGGACCCUGUCUCCAUAACACCUGAGCACAAGUCUAAAAUUCCUGUCAAAGACAUGAAAAAAAAUUGUGCAGUUAGCUUCCAAGUAGUUCCCAGAUCAAGUAAGCCUGAGUCAGAGAGAUCAGUCAGACCAGUAGUUCCAACUAGGCUUCCUUUCAAAGACAGGUCAUCUGGUGCUUCCAGAUGUUCAGUUAGUGAGGUAGGUCGAGGCAACUUUAACGAGGUGUGCAGGCAGUCAAUUGAGUUCCUAAAGAAUGUUAGUGGAGAAGCAAUAAAGGUGGCCGAACGACUCUCAGAUGAGGAGAAACAGACACAGGGAGAGCAGUCGCAAUCGGAGGAGGACAGCAGCACAUCACGAAGCACCUCACUAUCGGACCCCUCUCAGUCCCAGCCCUCCCUCUCCGCUGGCUCCUCCCGUGGGGUCACACCCUCGAGGACAAAGGCCACAAGGGCUGCGGGCAGUGAGAGGAGGAGUAAGCGGACUGGAGGAGGGAAGGAGGGCAGUAAGAACGAAGGGGCUCGCAGAUCGCCCCCCGUCGCGGAGAUCAAGCCUAGUCCACAGAGUCCAUGUGAAAGAACAGACCUACGCAUGGCCAUUGUUGCUGACCAUCUGGGACUGAGCUGGACUGAGCUUGCUCGAGAGAUGAAUUUUUCUGUGGAUGAGAUUAACCACAUUCGCACAGAGAACCCAAACUCUCUCACAGCCCAGAGCUUCAUGCUCCUUAAGAAGUGGGUCAGUCGGGAUGGGAAAAACGCCACAACGGAUGCACUGACAGCGGUCCUGACUAAAGUGAACCGGAUGGAUAUUGUGACUCUGCUGGAAGGGCCCAUAUUUGACUAUGGUAACAUUUCAGGCACCAGAAGUUUUGCAGAUGAUAGCGCUGUGUGCCAGGAAAAGGCGGAUGGUUUCCACACCAUCCUGGCUCAACUGCCGUCAACUACCAACCCCACCCCCACCACACCCCCUAUCUGCCCCUCUAUGUCUGAUGACAUCGAGCCCAUCUUAGAUCUACCCCUUGACCCUCCCCCUUAUUGCCCCUCCUGGGGUCUAGAGCGGUACAGCGAGGAUGAAUCUGUCAGAAUCACCCCAUCUAGACCCUGCGACCUGCCCCUGUCCAAACCUGUAAAUCAGCCUCAUACACUUACUGAAACAACUGCACAAAUACACACACAAUCUGAUCCUCAAACACACACUCAGCUCCCAUCCGACAAUCCCAAACACACAACACAACUCACAUGUGACACUGACUCACAGCUUCCACCACUACACCAUGAUGAACCUCCUCUAAACUCUUCUGCACCACUUCAGUCUGUCCCAAAAACAGACCCACCCUGUUUGAAUGAACAGGACCACCUUGUACAGGCCACUCAGGGGUCUCAAAACAAGGAAUCAAGUGAGAAAAAAGAGUCUUUUCACUCCCAACAGAGCUUGUCCCCUCCUAUGGAACCGAAUGAAAAAGAAGAGCAUAAGAGUCCUUCAUCAUCAUCAUCACUAUCUUCACCAUUUGAAGAAGCAAAUAUUAUCCUGACGGGAGAGGAGAGCGUCAUCCCUAAAGAGGUUCAAGGUCAUGAGGAUUCCCCUUUGCGACCCUGGGUAGAGGUCCUGAGGGAGUCUGUCUCAGGAGGAGAGGAGGAGGUUGAGGAGGAGGAAGCCCAGGAGAGACAAGAGCAACUGAAAGAGUCAGAUGGCCAUGGCGAAGUGAGGGAGAGGGAAGUGAAUGAGGAGAUGCCUAAGGAGAAAGUGAGAGAGGUAGCGAAAGGUGUUGGGCAAAUUGAGUCUGAGAUCUGCUCGCUCUCCGCAGGCUGGUUCUCUGAGACAUCCAAUGCCAAUGCAGAGCCUGCCGCUUCUGGACGGGGUCACGGCUCAGACCACAUGGAAAAACAGGAAAACAGUCAGGAGAACUCCAGUGACUCUAUGACAUCAUCAUCCAGAGGGGAUUCAGGAAAGCCUCGACAAAAUGGUGAGCACCCCAACAUCAUGCCCCGCAGCUCAGCGUCUCAGGAAUCAGCCAGUGAUAUGAAGGCCGGGGCGGGCAAGCAAGAAGGAGCUCUGAUCGCUGAGCACAAAGUCCAGCAGCAUGGCCUGGAUGAAGAGCGCACUGUCACCACCAAGGUGUUUCGUAGACGUCUCAUUCUCAAGGGAGAGGAGGCACGAAACAUUCCUGCCGAGUCAGUUUCAGAGGAACAGUAUAUUGAUGAAGAUGGAAACAUCAUCACUAGAAAAGUCAUUCGAAAGGUAAUUUGCCGUGUGGACUCUCCCACUCCUGAAAACCAGGGUUUGGUGAGUGACACUGGGUCACAGGGAGACUCUUCUACAGGGGAUGAGAUCCACAUCCCCCUAACUGCCCACGCUGAGGGAGACAUUUCCAAGGCGAGGAAAAAGGAAGACAAGCGUUCAGAUAGAAAACAUCAUUCGUAGAUGUGGCUUCAUGACUAUAGGCAGGUUUGCAGGUAUAUUAUGGAUCAGUUUCCUGAACGCCGGGCCCACACACGCUGAAAAGAGACAUUAAGCUUGAAAACCAUACUGCUUCCACUCUGAAACGCAUGGUGUUCAAAGAGACUGAACUCUGAACUCUCCGCUUGCGCAUGAGCAUGCAUCACACUGCUGACACACUUCCUGUUCCAAGGGGGUCUUUAAGAAUUCUCCUUCCUGAAAUGGGUCCCGGUGAAUUCUACUUCCUCUCUAUGUAACUCAACUCUCUGCUUCUGAGGGACCUACGAGAUUACACUUCUUGAUGGUCAACACUCUCGCUGAAAUGGACCAUCAGGAAAUCAGAAACUGUUUUGUGUGUGCCAUGAAUAUCAGAUGAUUAUGUAAAGGGGGGAGGGGUCAGAAUACUCCAAACUUUACACUCACACAAAUUUCCCUGUGACCAAAGAUGGCACAAAAGCUCUUUUUCGUGUUUUAGGAGGGGAAAUAAACAAUAGAUGCUGUUGACCUUACAUUCGCCUUACACGUACCGUGGACCCAUGACGUCAGGAGGAGGAUCCCUGUGGUUUCUUUUUUAUUUAUAAAACAAAAAUCAGUUAUGUGGUGGAUUUUUCUGUACAUAAAUCACAUUAUGUAAAAAAAAACGAUACAAUUUAGUAGUUAGGUUUGGCGAGAGCACUGCAAACAUACACUUUACAAGUGCUUUCGUCAUUUUAAAGACAGUGAAACUUGUAUAAUUAAUUAUUAUAGCAGGUAUGUUUGUAUAUGAGAAAAGUUGGUUCGGUUUUCAGGGGACAUUUCCGUAAUCCUCUGCGAAUUUCAACCAUUCCCAAAAUGGGAAUUUAUCCAAUUCUGUGAAGAAGAAGUCGUACAGAGGACUAAUAUUUUGAUGCAUGCAGUUCACCUUAUUUUAAGAACCUUUUUUUCUAAGUUUGCAAAACACUGUAUUUAAAAAGACAAAUAAGAAGACUUUUUCUUGUGCGCACAUACAACUCCUUUUUAUAUUCCAACACGUCACCCGACAAGCAUCCAUCAUGUAGAAACGUGUGAAACGCUUCCUUUGGAGAGGAGUGUAGUGUCCAUACUCCUGCAUAUGGAGGACAGUGUGUGUUGACGUUAGCCUGAGCGCCGUUCAGAAUGUAAAUGCUAGAAAUCAGCAUCUCUGUUCGACUAUCACUGUAUCAUGCGUAUUGGCUGUACAAUGUAGAGUUCUCUCUUCGUCUUAAGGCUGUUUGUAAUCAUUAUAGGAAUGUCUCCAUCCUUUUUAUUUUCAUUUUGGUCCGCUGAGGUUUUAAAAUGACAACUUUUGCUUUUGUUUUUCAGGUUAGGUGAACAUUUAACAUUUCCAUCUACUCAUAUGGGAUGUCUUUAGACCUUUAUUACUUGUAGAUUUACUAGCUUAUGUAUUACAAAAUGACACACACUGGAUGGUCAUUCUAAUUUGAAGUAUUACAAGAAAUCGGUUUUGAAAUCAUGUGAUAUAUUUUAGACCAGCGAGUCAAUGUGUUCGGUUUUUUGAUAAUAUAUAGACUUUUUCUUUAGAGAUUACUUCUUUUUUUUUUUGUUAGUUUGUUUUUUCCUCCAAUAGAGCUCUGGUCUUUUUAGCUUGUGGUGUGUAUGGUGUGAAAUAUCCUUCGGUGUGCUGAACUUUGCUAUAGCAGUGAGAUCUGAAAGACUUUACAAGGAAACUAGGUCAUGAUGGAGUGUGGUUCUGCUUCCCUGUUACAUGUCAAUCAAAACUGUGGGAGGGGCCUGACACGGUCCAAUCCAAUUGGGUUGAUUUUGUUUCAUAUAAUAUGUUUUCACCUGAGCGACAUUUUUGAUGUACAAUUCUUACAAUGAGUGAAGCCAUUUAAAUGUAACUAUACUAGCACUUUGGUUAUUGGAGGUCUUCUCUUUUAGAAACUAGCAGCUAUGAUGCCACCAUAAUGUUUCAAAUGUCUUACAGAAAUCGGAUUUAAAAAUAAAAUAAACGCAUUGAUUUUGCAAA